AUGCAGACGGCGGAGGCGGCGCGCAGCAGCCAGUGCAGCGAGGGUGCUCAUGGAGGAGGCACUGCGCUGAGCGAGGUGGAGGGCUCCAGCCACAGCUCCGACUACACCUACCCCGACUACACGGCCGCCGAGCUGCCCCUGGAGAGGUACACGGGCGGCGAGUCGGCGCGGAGGCGCGGGGAGGUGCCGCCAGACUGCUGGAAGCUGCCGAGGAGGGCAGCGGACGCGCAGGGCGGCCUCGUGCACAGAUUCGAGCGCCACGUCUGCGUCGGCGACGACGUCGCCUUCAAAGGCAAGACGGGCAACAUCAGUGCCAUCACGGAGGAUGGCAUCACAGUCAGGUGGCACAACGGAUCACUAUCGCUGCUGGCGGCCGCGGCUGCCACGGACGUGGCCAAGGGCUAUGUCUGGGUGCUGGCGGAUCCCACUGGCCGACACACCAUCGGCACAGAGAUCGACGGCGGCGCGCAGGUGCUGCGGACGCCCAGCGGCCUCGACGACCCCGCGCAUGUGGGCCAGGAGGGCAGUAGCGAGACCAACGAGUCUCAGCACAUGGAGGGCCGCCCGAUUGCGCUCGUGAUGUCCAAGCGCAUGCUGCAGACGGGAGGGGCCCCUCGCCUAUGGCCGCGCAAGUGGAUGCGAGAGAGUGGGAUCGCCGGGGCGGGCCGGGUCGCACAUGAGAUGCGGACCCUCGCGAAGUCCCUCUGGCUUGCGGGAACGGCGGGCCAGGACAACAUCGGCGUCCUACUGUACGUCGAGGCGAUACGUCGGCGCUUGGCGGGCAUCGUGGCGGCCUACGCCAAUCCAACCGAGCCUGCUCGGGACCUGACCCGCUACUACACUGGCCAGACGCUGGCCGCGGACGCAGUCGGCCCCGAGAUGCGCAGCUUCGUGUCCCGGCGGCCAAGGAGGACCGAGAGACCGAUGCUGGCGGGCUGCGUGGAUCUCCGGCCGAGCACGGCGCCAGUGGCUCUGCUGGUGACGGAGCUGACGGCGGAGGUGACGGCGGGGGAGGUCAUGGCGGGGAAGGUCGUGGCGGGGGGGCAAGGCGCAGAGAGCAGCUGGAGAUCGGAGUGGCGAAUGAGGCGAUCAGUGCACUUAAUUGGCUGGCAGGGCAUCGAGCGGGCGAGAUGCCCCUUCCCAUGGAUGAUGCCCAGCGGCAUCUUCGCGAGCGAGUUCGAGGAGGUCGCUACAUACUUGUUGGAUUAUCAAGAGCGCAUGCUGAGGCAAGAUGAAGUCUCGCCCAAGACCGAGCCGCACUUGGACCCCGAAUUAAAGUUCCACCAGAAGGAAUACCAGCGUCUAGUUCGGAUGCUGUUCGACAUCGGCAUGGUCGAUUGGACUAUGAGCCCGAAGUGUCGGAUAGGGUUGUUCUGUGUUCUCAAGAGCGAUGGCAAGUCGCUCCGAUUGAUCGUCGACGCUCGUCGUGUGAACGAGGUUUUUGCUGACCCACUCGGGGUGGGCCUGCUGACGGCCGAGGGCUUCAGCCGAGGCGAGGUGGCGCUGCCGGCCAGCAUGUCGCCACAGCCCCCGGAGGCGGUGGAGUACCUCAGCAAGCUCAGGCUCGUGGCGGGCACGUCGGACGUGGCGAACUGCUUCCAUUGCCUGAGGCUGAGGCCCGAGAUGUCCGCGCAUUUCGGCCUGCCUGCGGCCCCCGUGCACGUCUUCGGGCUCGAGGGGACUGUGACGAGAGGUCGGCGCCUGGGAAGAACCUCGCUGGUGUAUCCAGUGUGGGCUGCGUUGCCGAUGGGGUUCACCUGGAGUCUCUGGUUUGCCCAGCGUAUAAACGAGCUGCAGACCUUGCGAGGCGCCUCUACUCCCCUGGGGGCCCCCCUCCAUGACAGAGGGCCGCCCUUGACGGUGUUGCAGCCAGAGACGGCCGCAGGUCAAGCGCAGCACUACGUGCACGUCGACAACCUCGGGAUCCUGCACACCAGGCGCUACGAGGCCGGGGAGGCCAUCUCGUCUUUGCAGCGACACUUCGCCGAAUUGGGUUUAGUGUUGCACGAGUCCGCGGUGACCGACGAGACGUGCAAGACGCUGGGCGUCGAGCUGCUGGGCGGGGGCCUCCGAUCGCGAGUGGCCUCGGAUCGAUGGCGGUUGAUCCGCCGUGCCAUCGAGGCUCUCCUUCGACGCCCAAAAUGCUCGGGCUGGGCACUGGAGGCGGCGGUCGGUCACUGCACCUUCGCCGGCCUCGCCAGCCGAGGAUGCCUCUCGGUGUGGCACACGGCGUACGCUUUCAUGCACAAGUAUCGCGACGGGGCCGGCUACCUCUGGGACGAGUGCUUGCAGGAGCUUCGUGCGUUCAAGGAGCUCAUGCUGUUCCUGGAGAGCGACAGGACGCGGCCGUGGAACCCGAUGGUCUUCGAGACUGAUAGCUCCGUCGAGGGGAUGGGCAUCGCCAAGGCCAUGUGGGGCCCGGAGGAUGUCUCCGCCGUGGGCCGGGCGUUGGAGCGAUCACGUUUCAAGCGGUCUGGUGGCUGCGGAGCCCGCGAGUCUGCCUUGGAGGCCGCAGGCUUCUGGCGCGACACGUCGGGCAAGUGGCAAGUGUCCGACUCGGACGCAGACCCAAAGCCGAGGGCGCCUGGACGGGGAGAGACGCGCUUGGCCCGCGAGGACUCCCAUGGGAGCCUGGCCUCGCGCCUGAUCCCGCGGGCCGCGCGGGGGGCGAGGCUGGAGCUGUGCCCGCCAGCUCUGCGACCAUCCGCUACAGGGCGCAAGCAGAAGCAGAUGGACGCGGGCUGCUGCAACGAAGUCGACGACAGCGGCAGCACCGCGAGCGAGCAGAGCGGAGGCAAGCGCGCCGUGCCAAAGCGGGCGGCGGCACUGAGGAAGAAAACUCGCCAGCGGCGGUCGAAGUUCCUCUCCGAGACGGUGACCAGAGCCAUGGACGGCGGACUCAACUUCCUCGAUGCCAGCAGCGUCACGAAGCCAGAGCGGGAGCGGUGCGAGAGGGAGGUGAUGGAGUUCACCGACUACUGCGGCCACCCCCCGGCUUGGGCGCUGAGAUCAGCCGCCCAAGUGGACAGGGCGCUCUCCCAGCAUUUCGACUACCAGUUCUUCCAGGGCCACGAGGCGGCCAAAGGGGAGCAGGCCCUAGCGGACCUCAUGUACUCGAGGCCGGAGUUCGGCAAGUGGGGCCCCCAGAAGCUGCCCAAUGCCCGGCGAGCGCUGCGAGGCCGGCGCAAGCGGGCGCCCGCUCGCAGCCGCCGGGCGUGGGCCUUGGGAGUCUGGACCGCCUUGGCGUGGCGCCUGGACGAAGCCCCAGGGCUGCUGAUGUGCGCGUUCCUCUUGCUCUCGCUCAGUGCGCACUGCCACCCCGGGGGGCUCAUGGGAAUGAGGUCGGAGACGGGCCUGGCGGACGUGUGCAUUGCCCUCGACAACGAGUGGGCGCAGUGUCCGACGCCGCUUUGGCCGCUGGCGAUCAAGGGCGAUCCCGACGGCCUCGUGUUCACUUCCGAAUACCCGGCCUACAUGCGCGCCUUCCAGAGCAGCGUCAAGGAGCUAGGCAUGGAGGACAGGAUCUUCCCCUACCAGACGCGUCACAGCGCGCCCUCCAUAGAUGCGUCGAGGGGCUGGCGCGCGGCGGAGGAGGUCCAACG